CGGAAAGGAUGAUGAUUAGCUUUGAAGGUUUGACUGGAGGAAAAUAAAUUAGUGCUGCUUUGUGAGAGAGAGAGAGAGAGAGAAGAGAGAGAUUUUAUCUGUCUUUAUUUUUCUUGGAAUUUCUUUUCUACCUUUUCCCUUUUUUUGGUUUCGGUUUCUCUCUUUUAUUUCUCUCUCUCUUCUCUUGUUUCUGUUUUGAACGCAGGGAAGAAAGAGAGAGAGAGGAAAAAGAAAAUACGCACAUUUUCCCUUUUUUUGAUUUAUUCUGUGUCAUUGUUGAGUCUCAUUUCCUAAUGUGGAUUGUGCUCUUUGUUCGGUUGAUUUGAUUGAGGGGUGAAGUAGAAGAGAUUUUCAUCUGAUUCGGAUUUUAUUUGGAUUUUUUAAAUUCUUAUUUUGUGGUGAAGAGUGUGAGAAGAUGAAUAUGAUGCGGCGGCUGAAGAGCAUUACUUCCGGCCGCUCCUCCGUUUCAGAUCCUGGUGGGGAGCCUAGCACUAUUAAGAGGGUGAAGGUGGAGCAAGAAAUCGAUCUGAUAGGGACGGUAGAGAACAGUAUGAGGGAUCCGGAGCAGCACAGCGAUGACAAUGGCACUUUAGAAGCAUCAUCUAGUAGUCAUGAUGAUAGAGGCGACAAGUCUGGCUACGAUGAACUUCCCAAGGAAAUGAAUGAGAUGAAGAUCAGAGAUGAUAAUAAGACUGGUGGUGAUAAUGAGGAGAGUGUCAAGGAUGUGGAACCGACGGUCAUCAGUGGCAACGGGACAGAAACUGGUCAGAUAAUCGUGACUUCAGUUGGUGGCCGGAAUGGGAAGCCGAAGCAGACAAUGUCGUACAUGGCUGAGCGCGUUGUUGGUACUGGUUCAUUCGGAGUUGUCUAUCAGGCGAAAUGCCUUGAAACGGGUGAAUCCGUGGCUAUAAAGAAGGUGCUUCAGGAUAGGAGAUACAAGAACAGGGAAUUGCAGAUAAUGCAGUUACUUAGCCACCCAAACGUCGUACAGCUGAAGCAUUCCUUCUAUUCUACUACGGAGAAGAACGAGGUGUACCUAAAUGUUGUUCUCGAGUUUGUACCAGAAACUGUUUAUCGGGCUUCCAGGCACUACAGCAGAGUCAAUCAGUACAUGCCUGUCUUCUAUGUGCAACUCUAUGUAUACCAGAUAUGCCGAGCCCUAAACUACAUUCAUAGAGUUAUUGGAGUCUGUCACCGGGACAUUAAACCACAGAAUCUACUGGUUAAUCCUAACACGCAUCAGCUUAAGAUCUGCGAUUUUGGGAGUGCAAAGAUGUUGGUACCUGGUGAACCAAAUAUCUCGUACAUCUGCUCCCGGUAUUAUAGGGCUCCCGAGCUCAUCUUUGGAGCUACAGAAUACACGACUGCAAUUGAUAUGUGGUCGGUUGGCUGUGUUAUGGCUGAGCUACUCUUGGGGCAGCCUCUCUUUCCCGGGGAGAGCAGUGUCGAUCAGCUGGUUGAAAUAAUCAAGGUUUUGGGAACUCCAACGAGGGAGGAAAUCAAGUGCAUGAAUAGAAACUACACUGAAUUCAAAUUCCCUCAGAUUAAAGCCCAUCCAUGGCACAAGGUAUUUCACAGGAGAAUGCCAGCUGAGGCAGUGGAUCUCGUGUCGAGGCUUCUCCAAUAUUCUCCGACUCUACGUUUCACAGCUUUGGAGGCUUGUGCACACCCUUUCUUCGAUGAGUUGAGAGCACCAAACGCGUUCUUACCAAACGGGCGGCCACUGCCUCCUCUGUUCGACUUUUCACCCGAAGAACUGGCUGGUGCACCUCGCGAGCUGCUGCAACGGCUCAUUCCAGAACAUUCGAGGAAGCAAGCUUCGUAAAACUAGGAAGAAGACGAAGGUCCGUGAUUGACACGACGGUUGAUUCUGUUGAAGCACGAUGGAAAUCCUCUCCUUGAAGUGGUGCUGAAGCAGAGUUUGUGUAUGGAUAUAUAUGCAGAUAUAUAUAUAUAUAUAGAUGUCCAGUUUGCAGGUGUCCACCUAGUUGAUGGAGGCUUGCAAACUGGAGACGGUUUUAUUAGUUUAUUUCUUUUGUAUUUAGUUCUUUUUUUUUGUUCAAAUUUUUGUUUCUAAUAAAAAGAAUGAGAAUCCAUUUUGCGUUUU